AUGGAGACAGAAGAACAAGACAGUGACGAGUCCUUUGCCGACGCAGAAGUUGGAUCUACUGGCUCCUUGGAUGUUAUCAACGUAGAUAUCGAUCAAGACGACAAUCGAGCGACAGGGCAUAUUGGCAAGGCAUCUUCAGUGGCAUGGGCAAAGAGAACCGCUGAAGAAUGUAGCCAAACCAGCCAUCAAGAAACCACUCUUGGAAGGCAUGACACGGGUUUCACUCUAGCAUCAUAUCACACCGAAGAUGCAGACGUGGAAUACGUUGACACCAGCAACAUCGAUCCUUACGAAUGGCCUGAAACAAAGGAUGCCGAGAGGCUAAUUCAGUCCUAUUUCGAUCACGUCCAUAACACCUUGCCUAUACUAGACAAAGCAGUCUUCAUGUCUAAGUAUCACCAGUUCACCAAGGGCUCGGAUAAUUUAGGGAUUGAGGAUUCUAUCUGGCUUGCGAUGGCCAAUACUGUCUUCGCUAUCAGUUCUGUUUACUUUGAUCUUACAAAAGAUCCAGACCGAGGGAGUCAUCAAGAUCAUCUGAUCUACUGCGCAAGAGCGAAAACGUUGUUUCUCGAUCAGGGGUUGCUCUAUCAAGAUGCACGAAUAUCUACUACCUCUGCACUGGGUUUACUAUGUCUCUAUUUCAUCACCACUUGCAGGUUAAAUAGGGCUUGGACAUUUUGUGGUCUUGCGAUCAGAUACGGCUUAACUCUUGGCUUACAUGUCCGAAGUGAAGCACAAGACCUCUCCGAUGUAGAAAAAGAACACCGAGUUCGACUUUGGUGGUCUCUAUACUCAUUAGAAUGCUCCUUGAAUGAGCUCACAGGACGCCCAAGCUGCAUAUCAGAUCGCGAUAUCAGCACUCCAUUACCCCUCAACAUAGACGAGGACGACUUCCAACCCGGCCAAUCCCUCUACGAAAAGCCAAAACAAGGUCAACAAUCUGGAUCAUCUAGCCGACGAACCUCAAAAAGCCCCAAAGGUAAGAGCACGCACUUGCUGGGUUUACAAUAUGCUAAUCUUCCAGCCCGUCCUUCCGCAACCUACCAAAUGCCAACCGGCGUCUCCCAACCUCUAGCCUACACCUUCCCCAUCUUCCCCCUGCCGUUGACGCCGUCAACCUACUUCAUCUACCGCAUCCAACUCGGCAUCCUUUCGCACGAAAUCGUAACCCAACUCUACUGCGCCGCCACCAUCAAAGAACGCUGGACCGACGUCCAAGAAACAAUCCGCCGCAUCGAUCGGCGUCUCCUAACCUGGCGCGACAAACUAACCACUGACUUCGACAUCACCUUCGAAGAUACCUGGACGGCCCCGGAUUGGGACGACCCUAGCAUCUUAAGUCGCAUGGGGCUAGCGAUGCAAUUCUUCUCUAGCAGAAUGAUCCUCUUCCGCCCUUGUCUUUGCCGUUUCGAAGGCAGGAUGAAAAACCAAUCCGAGAACUCAAUAGAUUUCAAUCAAGAAGCAGUCGAAACUUGUAUCCGCUCAGCACGCAAAAUGAUCUCCCUACUCUCCUGGUCCGCGUCCAGCCCACAGAAACUGUACGCUAUUACACCGUGGUGGAACACGUUACACUACAUCUGCGAAGCCUUAUCAGUGUUAAUGUUGGAGAUGGCGUUCAAAGUCACGCACGUCCCGAACGAAGCAGCAUAUAUCCUCGACGACGCUAAAAAGGGGAUAAAUUGGCUAGCAAUGAUGGCGGAGCAAUCUGUAUCCGCUCGAAAAGCGUGGGAGAUCUUCGAUUCCCUGAUCCGACUCGUGGCACCAAUGAUAAGGUGGAGUGUGUUCGACAUGCCGACC